CUGGAAUUCCCAAUGGUUUUUUAAAAGAUCAUUUUAGAUGCUAUGCAAUUGAAGAAAUCACUGGUUUAAAAAAGUCAACUUCAUCAGAGGGAAGGAGUAAUGGACAAUCAUUAAAUACUGAGAGCGGGAGAGAUCAGAGGUGGUGUGGAAAAUAGGAAUGACACCAACCGACACAUGCAAAUUUAUGAAUCUGGAGGGUGCAUUAAGGAAACGUUUGAGGCACUCAUAUUUGAUUGGCACAAACUUUUUGAGGCAGUGGUGACGACAUAAUUGGCAAUAAAAGAAUGGGUCGACAACAGGAUUAUGGCAGUAUGGAUCAAGUGCAGCGAGUCAUUUCCAUAGAUCGGCAGAAUCGAUCAACGAUAUAGCGGAUAGUUUUGAAUUAAGCCAUGGAAAUGUUUAUAACAUCUUGACAAAGGACUUGGUAAUAAAAAAAGUGUGCACAUGAUUGGUACCAUCCGAAAAUUUUCUACAGCGCUGGAGAAUGGAAGCGUCUAUUCUUAAGUCGUAUCAUUACCAUGGAUGUAACCUGGGUGAACUUUUAAUUCCCUGAAAUGAAAAGGAAAUCUAUGGUGUUGGAAAGAUGAUCUUCACCUCCACCUUAGAAAGCGAGGAGAUCCAAACCAGCAAAGACGAUAAUGUACAUUUUCUUCAUGGGCAGCCAGAGAAUGCUUCAGCAACAUGCAGUACCGAGGGACCAGACAGUCAAUGAUUGCUAUCAAAAAGUGUUAAUAGCAAAAAGGAUGUAACAACAUUACUGGAAUAUAUGCGUUUGACAUUAAACAAGUAUGGAUAUCUAAAAGCUAAAAAGGUAAAAAAUAAGAUAGAAGAUGGACUACAUCAACAUGAAAGACAACAACAUAGACUACCUCAAAAUGAAAGACACCAUAUGUUUAAUCACUUAUUUACCAGGUGGGAUAAACCUCCCUGAAGUUGUAAAACAUUGGACAGUAAAAACAUCAUCUUCAUUUGUACUUACCUUUAAUGCAAAAAUCAAUUUGCUUGUAAUAUAUUUGCAUCCCAAACAGAAUGCAAUUGAUAGAAUUAAAGAGAUUACUGGUAGUAAGCAAUGUAAGGAUUUGGCUGAGAUUCAUUCCAAGGAAGAUGUUAUGGUGGUCAGAGAAAAUGGUGAAAAUCAUGUACAAGUACAUGUACAUGUACAUAACGAAACAAGCGAAAUCAACACAAUCAUUGGGAAGAUGCGGCGACAAUCAAUAAUAAGAAAAUAUUGUUUAAAAUGCGAGUUGAAGAAAGAUUGCACAAGCGCCCAUCAAAAACAAACUCGACAACAUUGUAACCACAGUGUCAAUGGCCUUUGUUACAAUAACAUUGAAUGUGCUGAUUGCAUCUCUGCAGAAGAAGAUCGUAGAUUUGGAAACACAAUAGCAUUGCCACCUGUCAUGAAUAGCGGAAAGAACAGCAGACAUUCUUUAGAAGAAGUAAGAGAUGAAGAAAGAGAUCCCAUUUCGCUUGGCUAUAUGAAAAAUGAUGAUGAAAAUCAUGUUGCUGAUGAAAACCUUAAAAAAGAUGUUUCCCUUUGUAAAAGUAAAAUGAAUACUACCAAACUAUGUCUAUCCUUAAUGAUAAUAAGUCAUUGUUCAUCAGGAAAAUCACAGUUCCAAAAAAAGUUUGAAUGCCCCAAACAAGAUAAAUUCGAUGAAGACUGGAAUGGUCUAAAAGUCUUGCUUCGUGAAAGAACCACACUUCCGGAUAUGCUCUUUCACACCAACAUUUUUGCUUAUCCAAUUAAGCGAAAAGGAAGGAGGCUGUCUCAACGACGGCAAGAAGCACAACAGCAGGCUGAAGAACUGCCUAGAUAUCCAGAGCAGUGCACAGAGGGGUCAGAAAUACAGGACAGGGAAUCAAGAAACUAUGACAUUGUCACCUCAACACGGCCUGUGUUUUCUGAACGGGACUCGGCAACAGCAACCAACACCCCAAUCCCUGUAACCCCCACCCUCAAUCUCCCAUACGCCCAGGAGAGGGCCCUUCUGGAGAGGGUCCAGGGGCAGGGGCAGCACGGAACAGCAGGAGGAGGGGGAAGAACAACCCCUAGGCAUCCCCAGUACGAGGACCAGACAGCAAGGCAGAGGUCAUUUACUACCUGGCCUGCAACAGCCCAUCAGGCACCGGCACGUAUGGUCGUGUUUGGACUCUUUUAUACAGGUCAACAAGACCUUGUUCGAUGUUAUCAUUGUGGUAUUGGUCUGAAGGACUGGAGUGAUGGGGACGAGCCAUUGUUUGAACACAUCAGACAUUCUCCUAACUGUCUGUUCCUGAGAGAGUUGUUAGGAGAACAGCUCCUCAACACAUACAGGGAAAACCUUGCCGAAGCUCAAAGGACAAAUGAAACAGUCAGAUCACAAGAAAGCGUACCUCGCCCAGCCCAGCAGCCCACAAGACGAGUGCGGCACCCGGGAAUGACCAUGAUGGCCCAGCGCUUGGGAACCUUUAAUGAAUGGCCUCAAUCCACCGGACAGUUACCACAAUCUCUUGCAGAAGCUGGCCUGUUCUUCACAGGUAUCAAUGACCUGUGUCGGUGUUUCACAUGUGACGGGGGCUUGCAACGUUGGGAUAGAGACGAUGAUCCAUGGCUGGAACACACCCGCUGGUUUCCCCACUGCAGCUAUGUGCGCGAGAUGAAGGGGCAGGAAUACAUCGACAUGGUGCAGGUCGCAGCCCAGCGAGCACAGCUGGAGGAAGAGGAGUCUGUUGUUGUUCGUGGCCUGACUAACCUGGACUUCCAGAACACAGACCUGAUGGAGUCUGAUGCUGCCAAGGCUGUGCUUGAAAUGGGCUACUCGAGGGCCGCAGUCCGGCUGGCAAUCCACGAGUUCAACGGACGCAAUCCAAGCCAGAGAACGCUGAGGUUUACAGCAGAUGAGCUUGUUCAGAUUCUAGCUGGCCGACAGGAGAGGGGAGAGCCAAUACCCGAUGAUGAUACUGACCCAGAGGAGCAGGGGGCGUCUGCUGGUGCUGCCCAGAACCUCCCAACAGACCCUAUGGAAGAAAAUAAACGUCUGAAAGGGAUCUUGAAGUGUAUCAUGUGUAAAGAAAACGACUGUAAUAUUCUACUGUUGCCAUGCACACAUCAUCGUUUGUGCGAGCCCUGCGCAGAAAGUGUCACCAAUUGUCCGGCGUGCGGAAGAAGGGUGGAGGAGAGAGUGAAAACGUACAUGGCCUAAGGUUAGCCCCUCUUGUGCAACAGGAGGGGUUAACCUAGCCAGAUAGGACAGGCAUUGGUAGUUGUCUCAUAAGGCUUAAAGUAAAUCUUGAUUUCGUUUGAGUGUCACCGGCUUACCCUGUCAGAAUCAUAGGAAACAUGCCAUUCUUUGAUUGUGUUAACCAUCAUGUUCACACUUGUUUCCCAGGGGAAAAGGGAAUUUAUUUACUUCAUUCAGUUUUGAAAUAAUUUUGCGAUUGAUAAGGCCUAAAAAACUGACUAUAAAAACGGUAGAGUCGGUGCCUAUUCUUUAGGUAGGGUCGGGUAACCCGAACCAAAUGUAUUUUUUUUUAGGCCUAAUGCACCACACACUUAAACCAAUUUCACUAGCUCAAUGGCUUGUCCAUAAAAAAAUGACAUGUGAGAGUGCAGCUUUAAAAUAAACAACAACGUUAUUAUUAAAUAUAAAACCCCAAUAUCACGUUAACUAUUAAUAUAUAUAAUAUAAUGACAAAUAAAAAUGCCUGUUCUAUCUGCCAGUCCCAAGCCUGGAAUAAUUAGAGAGGGUUAAAGGAGCUGGUUUGUUUUAAGAAGACUGGAGAUGAAUUCAGUUUCUUAACUUAAUUCCAGUUCCCUUUCAAACAAUCAUGUAGAAAAUAUUGACAGAGAUUUUGGAGUAUAAUAAUGUAACUGAAGAACAGUAUGUAAUUUUGUAUAUGAAAUUGUAUUCAAUAAAAUAUAACUUAAAAGUGACACUCUUAUUUAAAGUCAAUACAUACACAUGUAUAACAAACAUAAAUUUUGAUUGAUAAAAACUUGAACUACUUACUAAUUAAUGCUUUCAUGGAAGAUAUUAAUUACUGAUAACAAGAUUGUAACCAUGUAUUAAAUAGAAGAAAGCGCAAACAUAUUAAAUGACUGGUCCUUGAAGAUUUACAGGAUCAACAAUCAUCUUUUAAGGAAGAAAUACCGUGUUUUUUUCUGCACCUUUCUUUCAAAUUAAAACCAAUAUCCUUCACAAGAACCAUUGUUUUCGAUAUUUAUCGGUUGUCAUCCUUUCCAGUAAGUUAUAUUAAUUAUAUUAAUUGUGGAACUUCAUAUUUGGGAGAAAGAGUUCAUCUUUCAUGUACCAGGAUGAAAGUCUGACUUCACUUUAGAUUAACGGGCUAUCUUAUCAGUGUUCGUUUUGCUUUUUCCCAUCAAUAUUUUCGAGUAGUUACAAUAGGUAUUUAAUAGUAGGUGUCUUUAUUUGGUGGGUUAGACGAUUUUUAUUAUUUUUGCAAGUGAAAAAUUUACCCAAUUUAUUUUGUGACAUUUACUCAAUUUUUAUCUGAAUAUCAUUAUAUUAUAGUGUUGAACUAUUGUUAAUAAAAGAUCUUUAACAUUUAUGUUGGAGCACUAAAUAUCUUUGUCCACUUAUUCAUAGAAAGUUCAAUGCCCUUAGAUUUGUAACAAAGUCGAGUGUCAUAAUCAUUAAUACAUGUUUGUUUAAUUUGAUGUAUAUAAAGGGAGAAAACAAGCAAAUCAGCGCAAAUCAGCUUUGACUUGACUGGCUGAGUUGUCUUUCUUGGUAUUUUCCAGGUGAAUACAUCAUAUUUUGAUAAGAACAUUUUCUACAUGUUUUGUUUGAAAGACCUUCUGUUGCAUUUGAAUGAACUUCUCCUUGCUCGAAGAAGUCGUGCAGGAGAUGUUGUACUGGGGAAAAGCGUAUUUACCACAUGCUGAUUUACCAAGCCUGUACACAAAAAAAAUAAUCUCAAACGAGAUGUGAAACCACAUACCAUAAUGUCUUAGAUAUUCUUGACUUAGUAUAUUGUGUUCAUUGUUAAUAUAUCAUACACCUAUCAUACCAAAUGUGAAAUAAAGUUGAAACAUAUAUAAAAAAAUAUAUAAAAGUGAGAAAAACCAUGUACAGGUUAUUUGGGAUUCAGUGUAAUUUGUGGAAAUUGCCAUAAGGUACCAAAAAUGUAAAUAACUUCCACGUUGUUUGGUACCUCUUGUCAUUUACUCCACAUUUAUAAGUGUGGUAAAUAUGUCAAAAAGGCCAUGCUGUUUUUGUUCUCUCUCUCUCUUCAUGUAUUUUGCCAUUUACAAGAUAUUGUCGUAGUUUUGAAAUGGAAUGUAGUUUCUUUAUUUAUUGGGUUUCUCCUAUUUCGGAAGAUGUUUACAAUGUUAUAUUUACAUUUACCUUGUCCUUUGUAUAGAUAAAACUCAACGUUCAUAUUGUAUAACAAGUAAGGAGUUAUGAUGUCAUUGUUUAUGUAAAUAUUGGGCUCUGAUUGGAUUAGUGCGGCGUCAUUUAACCAAUGAUAUAUGACGUUACAAAGAUCAGCUAUUUUUUCAUACAAAAGUUUGUUGUCGGUUACAAUUUUGUUAUUUUUAAUCGUGAUGAAUAAUUAUUUGUAAUGUAAAUAUAAGUAUUGAUUUUUUUCUCGCAUACAUCCUGUAUGACCGCAGUAGGGCAAAUGGGCUAGCUGUAAGGCUAGCAUGCUUCAUGGAGUUUGCUCGCAUCCCUAUUGCAUUCAAAAAGCACAAACAAAAGAAAAAAUGAGAUCAAUCGAUAAAUAUAUCUUAUGCAUAUAGGUUUUUGUUCAAAUUCCAACUAUAUGUACAUGUACCAAAGAUUAGUGGGUAUUAUAACUCUUACUAGUAUUAUAACUCUUACUAGUAUACUAUAUACAUGUACUAGUGUAAACAGAUUUGGCUUACCAUUUACCAUAAAUCGAUAAUAAUGGGUAAGGUUAUUUCGGACACAAGUAAGUAUGCACCAGUAUGAAAAAUUAAAAUUUGAAUAUAAAUGAUAUGUUUGUAUCAAUAUUUAUUGUAGUAUGGUUUAGGUUUUAGAAAUUAAUUGUUGAAUGUGAGUUAAAUAAUACAUACAUGUAUUAUAUUUUUUGUGGUUCAAAUAGUAAAGCAAAAAAAUGAUCUAGAAUAUACUUAUGUGAAUAAAAAAUAUUUUUCAUUUAAAAAAAAAUCAUAUGGAAAUAUGUUGUUUGGGUGAAAGUGCUUGUCACAAUGUUAUGAAGUGAAAUAAAAUGCUAUGAUAUAUUCAUAA